AUGUCGUCAUCAUCAUUAUCGAGAAAUAUAAAUCAAAAUGAUUUACCAGAUGAUAUUUUCAAUUACAAUAAUGAACGAUUUCAUGAUUAUAUUCAACAAUCAUAUGGCGAUGAUCUUGCUGCUUUACUUAAUUUUCAAGCCAUCAGAAAUGGAUUACAUCUUGUUGAAACGUCAUGUGAUGAUAUCUUAUUAAUUUUCCAACAAGAAUCUGAAGAAAUUAACAAACUGCGACAAUUAUGUUGUUUCAAAAUUAGUAAUGGCAAAUAUGAAAUAAAAUUGGGUGUUAAACUUGCAAUUAAUAGUCUGAUCAAGUUAUUGAACGUAAAGCGAGAAGAACAGAAGAAGAGAAAAAAUCGAACUUCAACUAAACGUACAUCAGCCAAUGUUGAUACACUAAAAUCUGUUGGUCGAAUUCAAUCACAAAAUGAAAUGACUGUACCACCAACAAUAGCUGCUUCACCAGUUAGUGAUGCACCACCAACACAAUUAGCAUUACAAUUAACACAAAAUCGCUUAAAUGAUAUUGAUCAUAUAACAGAUAUUGGACAACGGAUAAAUAAAUGGUGGAGUACGUAUAACAAUAAUAAUGAUUUAUUCUUAUCUGAAGGUACUCAUUAUCUUUUGGAAAAUCAAUAA